UUAUGUACAAGAAGAAAAAAGAUGGGUCGUAUAUCAAGCGAUUUUCUUGAGAAUUCUAAGAUAGUAAUAAGAUUUAAUGCUGAACGUACAAAAAGCAAAAAAGAUAAAUAAUAUCAAUCAUUUUAAUGGCCGCUUAAAAAAACCAAUUCUACGGAGAUUUAUCGCAUCUUAAGUCGUAGGAGAUUUUACCUUUUCGUAUAAAUCCCUCGUCUAAUGGAAGGACAACAAUUAUAAAAAUAAAUAUUGUAUGGUGUAAUUUUUUUAAUCAUGUACGUUAAGAAAGAAGAUGGGUCGUAUAUCAAGCGAUUUUCUCGAGAAUUCUAAGAUAGUAAUAAAAUUUAACGCUGGACGUGCAAAAAGCGAAAAAAUGUAAACAAUAUUAAUCAUUUUAAAGACCGCUUAAAAAAACCGACACCGCGGAGAUUUAUCGCAUCUUAAAUCGUGGAGGGUUCCACUUUUUCGUAUAAAACCCUUGUCCAAUGGAGGGACGGCUAAACAUAAAUAAGAUCUAUCGAGCCUUGCUGCUCGUGACAGUCUCUCAGUGUCCGCCGAUAAGUGUGGUCGUUCGUUUGUUUCACAGGCGAAUACAAUUGGAUCGAAGUUGAGUUGUGUACAAGGAAAUACUAACACGAAACGGUACGCCGAUAUCGAUUAUGUCACGUCCGGUAAAUAAUAGCGACGGUUGGAAUUCGCUGGCGGCGAUUCGAUCGAAAUUCGACGCCGACGCGGACGGAUUGCUAAAUUACGAUGAGUUCCGAGCUCUAUGCGUCGAGUUGUUCGGCGUGGACGAGGUAAAAGGGCACGAGCCGAUGAUGCGCGAGAUAUUUAACCUUUUUGACACGAACGCGGACGGCGCAUUGGACGAGCAGGAAUUAUGCAGAUGCCACGAAUGGAUACGCGCCACUGUAAAUCCCGUGAAUGUCCUGAUAGUGGUCGACAUGCAGAAUGACUUUAUUGACGGCACGUUAGCUACUCGUAAUUGCGGCUACGGACAGGACGCGGUGGAUGUCGUGAAGCCUAUUAAUCAGCUCUUGAAGCAAGGCCGUUGGGAUAAGGUGAUAUACACUUUAGAUUGGCAUCCCGAGGACCAUAUCAGUUUCUUCGAGAACUUAGCGAUGCGUGAACUUCACUCAGAUAGUAAGGUCACUAAGAAAACGGCAAAAGUUUUCGAUACUGUCGUCUUCUCGCAACCUCAUGUGACGCAGAAGCUUUGGCCGAAGCACUGCGUCAAGGAUACUUGGGGCGCCGAAUUGUACAAAAAUCUUCUGAUCGUGCCUUCUUCUGUGCAGAUUCGCAAGGGUCAACAUCCGGACAUAGAGGAAUACACGAUAUUCGGCAACAUCAAUUCCACGGGCGGCAACAAAUCAGAGAUUACGAAGAUUUUGUCGGAAAUCGGCGCCACGCAUUUGUACGUUUGCGGUCUUAUUUAUGAAGUAUGCAUAAAAGAAACGAGUUUGAGCGGCCUGCAGCUGGGUUAUCGGUUAGCCGUCGUCGACGAUUGUUCUGGUUGUGCUUGCCCUGCUGACGCAGAGAUCGCUAAGAAGACGAUUAUUGAGAACGGUGGCCUGUUGGCGUCCAGCGAGUGCGUCCUGUCCUUGGUGAACAAGGGCAAGCGUAGUCUGGUGAUGGCGUAUCACGCUGCGAAGAACAUGUCUUAAAGAGAAUCCCGCGCAGAUGUUCGAAGGAUUACUUUAAUCAUAUCUUCCAUAAAUCUAAUGAAUUGGAUGGGUAUUUCAUAUGUGGGUUCUUUGUCUUUUUUAUUUACCACAAUUGAAUAUUACGAAUAUACCACAAUUGUGUAUUACGGUGUCGAGGGGAUUUAUGUCACUAUUUUGUUGAUUAUGUUACGUGGAUUUACGAGAAGUAAUAAAA